ACUGUAAUCGGAUAUUUUCGUUUCUCAUAAUGUAACUGGUCUGGUGUUGGCUGUAUGAAAGUCUGUCAGAUGUUUUGUCUUCAGUCAGCAGGGCCAUUCUGACAUUCUGGGAAUCAAAAGUCACAUUCGUUUGUGUCAGCGGCGGUUUAACGUGUUCUAGAUCGAUAUAUAAGCGUUUCCGUGAGUUACAGCGAAAGCACAGAGAUCCAAACUGAGAGUUGCUGAGAUUAGUCAUCGCAUGGAAAGUUCUCUGCCAACGCGUCGCUUAUUUACAUAAAUUAUUUGUGUUUUAAAACCGCGUGCUAUUUGGUUUAAAGGUGCUCGCGCUCAUAUUUCAUUUAAACAGGAGCGACUGCACGCGUGUAAAAUGAAACAAAUUAAUUACGAAACAGUUUGAGAACAUUGUUCAUGCUGGGAGAGAUUUGAAAGUUGCUUUGUAAUAUAAAUAAUACAAUAUAAAAUAAUAGAAUAUAGAGUUUGAAGCAGGUUUCACAGUGUCUGUGUGUCUGUGUGUGUGUGUGUUCAGGGCUCAAGGCCGACGUGGAUUGUGGUUGAGUUCUGUAAACAGUCUGACUGUCAGUAGGGGAAAGUGAGCUAUCAUCAAUUGGAUCCACCCAAACCAAAGGACAACUGUCCUACAAAAUACAAGUGAUAGAUUUACUCUGGUGUGUAGAGUAAAUAAACCACAGCCUGUAAAAGGCGCCUGCUGUAAGUAUGAUGACUACAAGAGGUAAAAGUGAAGGAUGUCGCAUCUGUGGGAGUGACCUGCAGGGUAACCAGCGGCGAUGGUUGUAUGCGGCUCAGAACCGGAAGGGGGCACAACCUCAGACGCCAACAGACUUGUCUAGCAAGGGAAGCCUGCUCAGAUCAGCACAGAGCAGCCCAUGGGGCAGUACAUUAUCUCUCAGUUCUUCUCCUUCCCUCUCCAAGUCUCGUGCUUUGCUCACCCCUACAAAAGGAAUGGAUCUGCUCUGUGUGCUGACACACAUAUUAGAGCAGCCUGUACCACGUGGGGACGGUCAGGGGGAAUUUUUAUGCGGCAAGUGUGUGUCCGUUCUGGAGAGAGUUUUCAAGUUCGACACUGUCAUUGCCCGGGUCAGGGCACUGUCGAGCGAGAGGCUUCAGAGACUCUCUCAGGAAAGAGACCAGAUUAGGCGAUUGGUACGAAGUUUGUACCAUCAACGCCAUCCUUCUAGUUCUAGAAACAAUGGAAGCUCCAGCGAGGAUGAAGGCGACCCAGGAAGGCAGGAGAGAAAGGAUUCGGCAGGGGAAGGAUACCGAGAACUGCUGAGGGACAAUAUGGUGCUCUCCGAGUAUGAAUGGUGGUCCGAGAAAGCGGAUUCAUGUCCAUAUUAUAGGAAAACAGGGAAAAGAUGCCAUGAAGGGAAGAAAUGUGAUGGUUGUGACUUCUUAAGGGUGUCCGAUUCGGAUUAUGAGUCAGUUUGCGGGGUACCCCGUCACCUGCCCGAACAAGCCUUCACCUCAUUGGGUCUCUCCAGGGACAAGUCCCGCAGCAUGCCUCUUCAUUGGUCAAGAGUACCAUCUGUUUGCUCAAGCCCCGCCUCGCUGUCUGGUUCCUGUCACUCUUUACGAUCACGAUCCCGCACUGCCUCUGUCCAAUCACUGGACUCUUUGGGUGGCAAUGAUCCCUUUGAUUGGCCAGAAGAGCAGGCAGUCAUCUUCAAAACAAUUUUCAAAGAGUUGAGGGGAAUUGAAGGAAAACCUGUGAGGUCGCCAGCUGGAAGUCGCAUUCCUGUGUUGGGGCGAGGGGGAGUGCAGAUUGGAAAGGAUGAAGUGGAAGCAAAAGUGGGGUUAGUGAGGGUACUGAAUUUUGGAGAGGGGGAUAAUGGGACGGAGAAUGAGUUUGAGGAAGAGGGCGAUGACAUCUUGACUGAACUGAGAGACGAGUUUCUGCCAUUGCAAAGAAAGGUGACUGCAGGUAGAGUGCACCCUGCAGUGAAUCUGUUACGUGAACAGCUUGUUCAAGCUCAGACUCGCAUCAGAACUCUUGAGGCACAGCUCAGGGAUGCCAACAAACAAGCAACCAGCGCUGUUGUCAAUCAAUCAAAGUCUUCUCCGCAAGAGACCAGUGGGAAGAAUAAAAAUGACUUGAUAGAGAGUCUCAGCCAAUCGCUGCACAGCAGAGAGAGUGUAAUCCAGGAAUGUGUGACUUUGAUCCAGAAGCUGUGUGCUGAGCAGGGGGUGGAGUCAGAGGAGACUGACAAACUCAUCACACAACUAACCAGUGGUGUGGGUGAUAAACACAAUGAGCAUGAGGCUGUUCUGGAGGCCCAGCUGUCAGAGGUGAGGGAGAGAGAGAAAGCUCUGGAAAACCAGCUGCAGGCUCUCCGGGACGCUGGCAAAGAGCGAGACCGAGACUUCAUCACACUCGACACUGUGCUUCAGUGUAACCAGGAUAUUAUUAAUCACUUUCGUGUAGAGCUUGCAGAGCGAGAUCGAGCUCAGCAGGAGAUGAUGAAAGAGUGGGGGGUUUGGAAAGAGCGAGAUUCAGCCCUGACUGCCUUGGUGAAGGACAACGAAGCGUUCAUUUCCCAGCUAAAGGAGGCGCUAGAGAGUUCACGGCGAGAUGUGCAGGCUCUCUCGAACUCUCUGAUUGGUCGGGGAUUAGAAGGGGGUGAUGCUGAGGUCGGAUUGGUCAAUCAGUUGCGAGAGAAAGAAUCUCUGCUGGCAGCGAGCGUCAGAGAUAGAGAGGAGCUCAGCGUCACCAUGAGGCAGGAGAUUUCAAAACUCUCCACAGCCUUAAAAGACUCUGAAACCCUCAUACAGGACCAAAGAGAAAAUCACAAACAAGCCAUCAGUGAAAUGUCACAGCGACUCAAAAACGCACUUGAGGAACUGAGAGAGAAAACCAAAGAGAAGAAGGAAGCUGAACUUGGACGAAAAAAGGAAAAUAAGGAGAGAGCUUUCGAGGAAAGAAAACUGAGAGACAAUCUUCAGAAGAGGGACAAACUCAUCGAGCAAGUUCUUUUGGAGCUAGAGGAGCGUGAUGGUGUGCUAACAGAGCUAAAGCAAAACAUCUCUACCAGGCUUGGACCCAAGACCAACCUUAAACAAACACUGUGAGUGUUUAAGAGGCGGAUAAUAUGAAAUGAUCCUGUGAAUACACUGAAUUUGUUGAUUGGCUGUUGAUCUUUCAUUUGUGUAAUUUAUUAAUAAAUGCACUACCUUCACUAUGCAGAUACUGUAAAUUAGAGUUCAACUGUCAAAUGCUUUAUAGUCUUCUGCACUAAUUUCUUACAGAGAUGCGGAUUUCUGCACUUAACAUCUUGAUGUGCAGUUUUUGGUUUCAGCUUUUGAUAAAAUUAAGAGGUUUUUGGAAAUUCUUAAAACCAAAAGAAAAUCGAGACAGACCUACGGUAUUCUGCACUCUGAGGUUUUUGUGGCUCUGUUCAGUAUAACCUGUGAAAUGUCAUUCCAGUAGUGUCUUAUGUCGUAUGUAAGAUGUAGAUUGCUGAAGACUGGACUUUUAAGGAGGUCGCUAGUAUAUGAAGAAAUGUUAUUUUAGUUUAUAUGAAUUAAUGACUGUACCAUUACAGGAUGCAGAAUGUAGCACUGUUUCCCACACAUUUUCAGGUUGUGGUUCCAAGAUUUACAUAGUUACACACCUGUGCCUUUUCUACGCCCAUACACGCUUUUCUAUAGCCCACAUUCCUCACUGCCUCAAAAUUUGAAUUAUGCUUAUGUUUUAUUGAUUAUGGCUGCAUAAUAUGUUUAUUGCUGCUUUUCUCUUAUUGCUUAAUUUGUCUUUUCCUGUAUUUUCAGUGUGGUCUUAUGUUUUGUCAUGUAUUUAUAAAUGUUUUGUCAUGUUAUGUUGAUUUGUCUCAGAGGUGCAGUCUCAUUCCCAUUUUUUUUUUUUUUUUUUUUUUUUUUUUUUUUAUAUUGAAGGAAAAUACUUGGAUUUGAUAAUGCUGCAUAUUACAUGAAUAUUCUAUGUUUUUAAUCUGCUUGUUUAUAUUUUUAUUUGGGUAUGCUGGAAUUUUUCUCACAGCUUGGGACAUACCUCGUUUCCAUUAAGGAAAUAAUCAAAUUAGCCUCAAGUGUAUGUGGGUUAUGGUUCUAAAAGUUUUGUUUGAGGUUCUUUUAUUUCUGAAAUAUUAAAAUGUUCUUUUUUAAGAACUCAGGGGUGUAAUUGAUAAUAAAAACCUCAAGAUAUCUAAAUGAGUGAGUUUUGUGCGACCAUUAUUUGUGUCGAGUAGAAUUUUAUCAAAAGCAGUUGGAUUCUUGUGUAGAAAAGUUAUUUUCCGAUCAGCUUAAACUCAAAAAAACGUCUUUAAAUAGAAAAUGAAAUUCAGGUGGUUUCAACUAAAUUCUCCACAUUUAAAUAACAUGCAU